CUUUUUUCAGUAAUGAAAAUCAUUUUUACUAAGAACUUAAUAAUCUUACAGAAAUUUUGAUGGAUCUGGGAUCUUCCAUUAACGGUUUUGAGAUGCCAGCAAAUAAUCAAGGAAUCACCAAACCCGGCAGCUUCAUAUAUGAGCUUUUUCAAAUGGCUAAUGUAAACUUUGAGAAUAAAACGGCUAUAGUGGAAGCCAUGGAGCAGAUUACAGGAUAUUUAGCAGGGAGGCCUGGUGUAUUUCUGAACACCAGCGGGCUACAGAAAGUAGCAGAUAUUAUCCAGUUGGUGUUUGGGGCUAAACCUACAGAGGACAGCAAGACAUCACAGAUGGGAAACGGCAUGAAGGAAUUUAAGGUCCACAUUCAUCCAGUCACCAACAACUUCACGACAAAACAGCAGACUGAUUUAUGUGCUUCCUCUUCUACAAAGAAACAAGGGAAUGUGCUGAGUUACUGGUGUUUUUCUCCGGGGUUCAGCAUGCAGGAGCUGCUCGGACAGGGAGUACGCAGCAUCAUUCUGACCAGUGGAACUCUCUCGCCGCUCUCAUCCUUCACCUGUGAAAUGAAAAUUCCUUUCCCUGUAUCCUUGGAGAAUCUUCAUGUCAUCCAGCCUGAUCAGAUUUCUGUCAGUAUCAUUGAAAAAGGUCCGGACGGCGUGAAGUUGAGCACAGCCUUUGACCGGAGGUUUGUUCCUGAAAACAUGUCGUCUAUGGGAAACACUCUUGUCAAUCUGACACGGCUGGUCCCUCAUGGACUGCUGGUGUUCUUCCCCUCGUAUCCGGUGAUGGAUAAGACUCUGGAGUUCUGGAGGGCUAGUGGACAUGCAGGUUGCAUUGAGAAAGUGAAGCCCAUGUUUGUUGAACCGAGGGGUAAAGGCACUUUUACUGAGGUGAUUGAUGGCUAUUAUGCCAAGCUGAAAGACCCAAACUCCAGCGGAGGAAGCUUCUUCGCUGUAUGUAGAGGAAAGGCAAGCGAAGGGUUGGAUUUUGCUGACACGUACUGUCGAGGUGUUGUUGUCACUGGACUUCCCUUCCCCCCGAUGAUGGACCCCAGGGUGGUGCUUAAAAUGCAGUAUCUGGACGAGAUGUGCAAAAAUAACAUUAGUGGAGUGAAGUAUCUGUCCGGGCAGGAGUGGUACAGACAGCAGGCCUAUCGAGCUGUGAAUCAAGCCAUUGGCAGAGUGAUCCGUCACAGAGAAGACUACGGAGCCAUCUUUCUCUGUGAUCACAGGUUCAGUGGCACCGAAGCCCGUAAUCAGCUUCCUACUUGGGUGAGGCCAUAUGUUAAAAUUUAUGAUAACUUCGGUACCAUGGUCCGUGAUGUGGUUCUUUUCUUUCGGACGGCGCAGAAAACAAGACAAGUUCCUGUUAGGAAAGGAAAAGCAGAGAGCAGUGAGAAGCAGGCAGACACCAGGCCGCUCAACAGAGGCUCCGGCUGUCCUCAUAAGAGUCUCUGUCUCAGUGAUACAUCUCGAAAGGCCAAACAAGUAGACUCCCACGUCCCCAGCCUAAAAAGGAAAAAAUUAGAGUCAGAAGAGCAGUCUGGAAGUGAUGGGGAUGCCCAAAUUUUCAUUCAAUAUGAGAUGGACAUUGACAGAAAACCAGUCAGCCUGCUGGACGUCCCUGAUGACACAACCAACAAAGUGAGGGAAGACACCAUGGUUGGGGAAGAAAGGGCGAGUCACUUCUCUUCUCUUUCCCUCCAGCAUGACAAACGUCUGGAUCGUGAAUCGAGAGUUGGGAAGCGGAAAAUUAAAGUGGUUCAACAGCGGAAAACAACGAAUUCCUAUACUGAAAAAACAGGCAAUGCUUUCAUUGUGGAGCUGAGACGAUGCCUGAGUCAUGAGAACUUUAAGAUCAUCAUGGAGGCGUUACAGUGGUACAAGACAACCGAUGACCUGAGUAACUUUCUGGCUAAUGUGGUUGAACCGCUCGUUCGAGACACACACGGAUUGCUCAGAGGUCUUUAUCAGUUCGUCAGACCACACCAUAAGAAAGAGUUUGAUCAACGUUGCUUGGAGUUAACAGGUAAAGGUUGUGGCUAUAAACCAGAGCUUUCAUUGUCCAGGGAGGACCAAGAGGCUCUUAGGCAGAACACAGCCGAGAUUCCACCUGAGAGUCCACCCAAGGAGCAACCGAAUUCUAGUCGACAGCUGAACCAAGGUGGUGAUAACAUUGGAGCGAAUGUAAGAAGUGAAGACCAGAAUCCAAAAACAUCCAUCCAAGAAGGGCUGUCGUGCUCCUCUCUGCUGUCAGGCAUAAAACAGGCCAUCGGUGCAGAAAAAACCCAUCAGCUGUUUUCAGCCUUGCAGGCGUAUAAAAAUUCAAACAAUUAUGAACAGAUGGUGUCAACCGUUGUGAGUUUAUUGACUGAGAGGAAUGAGGACAUCACUAUACUAAAACGUUUAUCAGUGAUCAUUCCACCACAGCACAGGAAGCAGUUCAGUGACUUGUUAAAAUCCUUGACUGGAAAUGAUUCUGUGGCGUAAUCAAGUCCAUCGAUUCAAGCUUCUCCAUUAUCUGCGGGAAAGUCUCAAAGCAAGAUAUCAUCCUUUUCGUGAAUUCUGCUAGGACUUUGAGAAUAUGAAAAAUAAAUGUUUUAUACUUUUA